AAUGUCGAGUCAGAUGGUAGCAUUGUGAGGAAAGGAUCGCGUCGUUGGGCCCACGCAUUGGGAAAUGCUCUCUGGCAUACAGAUUCAUCCUUCAAUCAACAUCGAUCAAAAUACUCUCUCCUCCUAGCGCACAAGAUACCUGAAGGUGGCCAGGCAAACACAGAAUUUGCUGACACCCGUCAGGCCUGGAAAGAUCUGUCGGAUACUAGAAAGGAGGAAUUGCGAGGCAUGAUAGUUGAGCAUGAACUCUGUUCGACUAAUAAUCGUAAUACCAUCCCUGAUAGCCAGGAAAUCAUCUGGGACCUAAUCCACCAUUGUUCUCAGGGAAAGGUACAUUUUCUCUCUCACCGAUUUUCAAAGCGAAUCACUAAUUCUUUGUAUCCCUACGAUGAGAACAUGGGAGUUCGCGAUGUCAGGCGAGCUACAGUUUUUGAUGAUGGCGAUGAAGCCUUUGGCACUCCUAUCAAGAAAUAA